AUGGCGACCGAGGAGAAGGAGAUCGAUUACACCCUCAACAACCCCGACACCCUGACCAAGUACAAGACCGCCGCUCAGAUCUCCGAGAAGGUCCUCGCCGAGGUCUCCAAGCUCUGUGUCGCCGGCGCCAAGAUUGUCGACAUUUGCGACAAGGGCGACAAGUUGAUUGAGGAGGAGGUCAGCAAGGUCUACCGCGGAAAGAAGAUCACCAAGGGCUUCUCUCACCCGACCACCAUCUCUCCUAGCUCCUAUGUCACUCCUUACACCCCUCUGAACUCGGACGAGUCCGAGGCCGCCACGGAGCUGCAGGCCGGCGAGCCUGUCAAGAUCCAGCUGGGUGCUCAGAUCGAUGGCUUCGGCUCCAUUGUCUGCGACACCAUCCUCGUGCCUGCCCAGGACAAGGAGCAAGAUGUUGUCACCGGCCGUCCUGCCGACCUCAUCCUGGCCAACUACUAUGCCAACGAGCUCCUUCUGCGACUCAUGAUCCCUCCUGGACUGCUUGCCCAGGGCACCGAUGAGGAGAAGGCCAAGGCUGCGGCCGCCAAGGCCCCUACCCAGUCCAAGAUCACCAGCCUGCUCGAGAAGGUGGCCAAGAGCUACGACUGCAACAUUGUCGAGAGCACCACCUCUUGGCUGUUUGACCGCAACGAGAUUGAGGGCCCCAAGAAGAUCGUCCUGGCCCCUGCCGAGGGCGGCAAGGGCGAGGGUGUCCCCGCGGUUGGCGAGGUCUGGGGUGUCGAGAUGGGUCUGAGCUUGGGAUCAGGCAAGGUCAAGCAGCUUGACCAGCGCGCGACCCUCCACCGCCGCACCACCCAGACCUACGGUCUCAAGCGCCCGACCUCGAGGAAGAUCCUUUCCGAGGUGCAGAAGAAGUUCGGCACCUUCCCCUUCAGCUUGAGGCAGCUCGAAGACGAGCGUGACGCCAAGUCUGGUGUUGUCGAGUGUGUCCGUGGCAACGUCUUCCGCCAGUAUGAGCUGGUCGGCGACAAGGACGGCGCUCCCGUCGCCCGACUCCUGACCACCAUUGCCAUUACCAAGAAUGGCAUCACCAAGCUGGGCAGUGCCCCUCCUCUGGACGUCAGCAAGUACAAGACGGACAACAAGAUCACCGACGAGGAGAUCCUCAAGAUCCUUGAGCAGCCUCUGUCCAGGAACACCGGGAAGAGCAAGAGCAAGAACAAGAAGAAGAAGAAGCCCGCCAAGAAGGCUGCCGCCAAGGAGGAGAGUGAGGAUGAGGAGGACAGCGACGACGAGUAA